CAGCAGGCUAUUAAAGGACUUACACACCACAAAGAUUAAUAUUAGUAACAGACAAUAUUUUUCUAAAAUUAUUAUAAUUUUAACAUCAUAUUUUACGUAGUAAAAAAAUAUUGUAUUUUUUUAUAGAAAAUUUGUAUUCAUGUGAAUCUUUUGAAACUUGAGAACAAGUGUAUUUAUUAAGACUAAUAAAAUAAUGAGUUAUCACACAGAUAUCUUAGAUACCACAAAUGUAAGUUUUGAUGGAGAUUUUCAUACACAAAUUAAACAUUUAAUGGAAUACAUUCGAAUGAGUCGAGAUGAAGUGGAAAGAUUACAAUUAUUAUUUAAUGAUUUACAAGAAAUAUUUGAAAAUACUUGGAAAGGUUCUAAGUUAGAGGUGUUUGGAUCAGUUGUAACAGGUCUAGCACUCCGAAGCAGUGAUGUUGAUUGUUUAGUUAAUCUUCCACCAUGGUUGGAUAUGCCAAGGGCAGAUUUUGUAAUAGAAGCUCGGAAGAUAUUACAAAGAAAUCGUAAAUUUCAAAACAUAUUUGCAAUAACAAAAGCUAAGGUCCCUAUAGUGCAAUUUACUUAUGUACCAACAAAUACUCACUGUGAUGUGAGUUUUUCUACCCGUGCUGCAGUUAAGAAUUCCAAACUUCUGGAAUAUUUGAUAUUAAGUGAUGAACGCAUACUUACCCUAAUGGUUCUUGUCAAGUAUUGGUCAAAGAUUCAAUGCUUCACGGGCAUGAACUUAAUGUCAAGUUACAGUCUUACAUUACUAUUCUUAUUUUACUUACAACAAAAGAAUAUUUUACCCUCAAUAAGAAGUUUGCAGCAAAAUGUUACUGAAGAUAUUGAAGAUAACUGGAACACGGCAUUUUCACACUCUGUAAGUAAAUCCAGUAACAACGAUAGCUUGUACACAUUGUUUGGUGGAUUUCUCAAAUAUUAUGAGAAUUUUAAUUUUAAAAAAUAUGUUAUAUCACUGUACACUGGGACUUUAAUUGAUAGAGAGAAAUUUAAGAGUUUAGAAAAUCUACCAGAAGAGUUUGAAUUAUAUAAAAUAAAUGUUACCAGAAAUAUUUGUCAACCAUUGAGGAUUGAUACAAUGAUGUGUAUUCAAGACCCAUUUAACCAUAGCCGCAAUUGCGGUGUUUCUGUUCAUCCCAAGUUGGCUCUUAGAAUUAUUCAUCUUUUUAGUAGUGCAGUCAAAAUUUAUGAAUCAGAAACUGAAGCAAUAUUUUUAAAAAAACUGCUCCACACUAAUGAAAAACCGCUAACUGAAUUUAGGCCCACAUUCAGGAACUUUGUAGCUAAAAAGGGUGGUAUUCAGAAGAACCACAAGCACCAGUGGAACCGUGGCCAGUUAAAACAAAAGGGAAGAAAAUUCAAGCAACAAUUUAAACAUAAUAGAAAUCAGAGAUAAAGUUUAUUUCUGCUUUAUUGUCAUAAGUAUAUUAAAUAAUUGGGGUCAUCACUACGAAGUAUGAAUUUGUGGUGAUGGUACAUCUUUUUGACAAAAUGUGAUUCUCGUAGUUUGAGCAAAUGUUUGAAAUAAAUGUUUUCUACAUU